AUGCUUCGGCAACUCUAUACCCGGGCCAGGCCCUCAUUACUAAGACCAGUCGCCCAUCACCGUCAGUUUAGGAGCCGGCCGCAGCUCAGCUUCCCUAAUUAUGCGCCGCCGCCUGGUCCAUAUUUCUCUCCACCACCCCGGUCACGAGGUAGCAGGCUUAAGGAUAUCGCUCUCGGGUCGGUGUUCACUAUUGUUGCCUAUAUAGCAUAUCAAUUUUAUUACUUCCGUCGGGUUUCCAAGGAUUUGGAGCGCGCUGUAGAAGAAAUGAGACAGGAAGACGCUAUGGAAGAUGAAUUGCACCUGAGCUUAGCUGAUGCUCGCCGCGCCGGUGAUCAUGAUCGUUUAAGGGAAAUUGUUUUUCAACACGCGCGUCGCAUCUCACCGUUAUCAUCAGACGGCUGGGCCGAGUUCGGUCCGCUACCGAGCUUUCGUGGGGCUGAAAAUAUUAUCCCCGAGGAGGAUACGUUGAUGUUUGUAUGGUACGGUGCCACCACCAACUUCUUCAGCAAUGGCGUUCUCGCAAUCCGAAUAGCCAUCAACGCCGAACUAAAUGAAGAUUUCAUCCCUUUGAAGAAUCCAAAAGAGGGUGCUGCCCUUACCGAAUUGCUUGCUCGGAUCCACUACCUAACUGCAAACUUGGUUAGAAAUGGGAUAGUGGACGAAGGUAGUGAGUUGAUACUUCAUGUGCUCUUACGAGGCAAAUCUCUCGAAAUGUCAUAUAAUAUUAAUCUACCUACUCCUGAAAAUGAAACCGAAAAUGCAGCUUGA